GCCCAGCCCAAAUUAAACCCUAAUACACUAAUACUAGGGUGCAGACACAAAACACCCAAGAUUGAAGACCUGCGCAGCCAGCAAGCAGCCUCCCUUCUUUCUUUUGCAGCUUGAACUUUCUGGAGUAGACACAAGAAGUGUACCAUCUCCGGCCGACGUUGACCGGCGCGACAUCUCACCCUAUUUCACUCUCUCACCGUCACGCCGCCGCAUCUCUGAGAAGCACAGCGCUUGAGGAGAUGGACAUGGACAUGGAAAUGGACAACAACCCUACUAGAGGUCCCUUGAUUGCCUCUCAUCAAGUCAACAUUUACAAUGGAAAUUGGAAAGGCAGAGAAGUGGCAAUUAAGUGCCCACAAGAUAAGCGCAAAGCUAUUGAAGAGAUAAAUUGUUACAAAGCCAACGAUCAUUGUCAGACUAUAGUGCGUCUACAUGAUUAUGUAGAAAAUGAUGGGAAAUUGGAGCUUAUCUUAGAAAAGUCGACUUGUAGUCUUAUGGAACUAUUUUCCUUUGAUACCCCGCUACGACCGGAUCAUCUAGAAAAUGUACAUUUUGAGAGGAAACUAGAGUUCAUUAAAGACUUCCAAAAACAUGAUGUGUGGGAAGACACUUGGCAUGUAGUAGGGGAGAAAAAAUAUUAUGGUUACCCCACUCCCAAAUUACUCAAUAUAAUAAGGGAUAUAGUUGAUGCGGUGGUUUACUUGCAGAAAUCAGAGUUUCGUCCAAAUUUGGAUCCAAAUCAUAUUUUAAUUUUUCAUGAUCUGCGAGCCAAACUUUUAAUGAGUCAGAGUGACGCUAAAGGAUGGAAAGGGCCCGAAAUCCAAAGGCAACAAGGAAAAACUACCAAACAUGAUAUGUUUGGGUUAGGGCUUCUCAUCUAUUUUUGUGCAUCAAAAAAAGGAUAUCAUCCCUUCGGGGAGAUCGAGUCACCUGACAAAUGUCAAAGGAUAAUUAACCAAAUGACAAGGCAGACGUAUAACCAAAUGACAAGGCAGACGGUUCUUAGUAACAAAGCUAAAAUAAGAAUCUCCCACUCCAGUGAAGCUCAACACUUAGUCAAUAAACUAUUACAGUGUGAUCCGGAAGAAAGGCCGGAUGUAAGACAUGAGAAUAAACUUUUACACACUAGUUUCAAAAAAACUGAGCUCAACUGAAGAAUACGACAGAAAUCUAGAGAACUUGAGAGGAUUGUGUGGAAUUGACCACCGUGGCUGGGCCGUCAAAUUCGAUACUGAUCAUUGGAAUAGCCUUAAAGAGUCCAAUGACGUGGAGUGGGAAUGUAAAAGACUUCACAAGAAAGGACCUCUGGGAGUAGUCUAUAGGUUUAAUGCUCUUAAAGAUCUAAUCAGAUAUAUCCGAAACAUAACUCAACAUACUAAUGAUGAGUUGUUGAAGAUAUUUGACAAUUAUGGUGCAGAUGCAUCGUUUCAUACUAAGAUGGAUGCGUACUUCACGAAGUGCUUCCCCGAUCUCUUCAUUUAUGUUCAUGAUUUUGCUCGCAAUACCUGGGGGGGCGAUAUUGAUUUUAGGCCCUUUUUUAGGUCUAAUAUGGGAAGGGGAGUUAUAGAUUAAUGUUAAAAGCAUCACACGAGUGAUCUUAGUUCUUAAAUGUAAUGUUGAGACUUCUAUCACACGCUAGAUAUAUUUUGAUACUGGUCUUUUUAAAGUUAAAGUAGAUAGUUUAAACUUUUCCUGCUUUUCAUUAGGUUGCCUUUUGAUUGGA